UUCAAGGGUUCGGCCUUACCACCACUUGGCGUUUGUCACUGAUACCAGCACCAUGUACCACUGUCACCUGCUGGUAACGUUGGCCCUCGUGGUAGCAGUCUUAGGUGCACCCCCUACCCACCACCACCUCCAGGAUGGGCUCACAAUCGUCGGCGGGGAUGUGGCUGCGAGGGGCCAGUUUCCCUACCAGGUGAGCUUCCAGGAAAGGGUCUUGGGCGUCUGGUUGCACUUUUGUGGCGGCACCAUCAUCCACCCUGGCUUCGUCCUCACCGCUGCACACUGUGUAGAAGGAGCGGACUUCACUGACCCCAAGGGACUGCGGGUGGUGGCUGGGGAGCUGGACCUACAUCAUGUGGAGGGAGACGAGCAGAUCGUUCACAUUAAUUUCAUCGUCGAACAUCCUUACUACGAUCCGAUUACUUAUGAGAAUGACAUCGCCUUACUGCGGUUGGAGGAGCCCCUAGUGUACUCCGAGAUCGUGGGCCAGCUGGAACUACCGCCGCCGGGCCAAAACAUUACUGGAGAGUUGUGUCGCGUGUCAGGGUGGGGGAGGACCCAGGAAGAGGGGCUGUCGUCAGGGGUGCUGCUGUACGUCGAUAUGCCAGUGGUGAGUGACGCACACUGCCGCGACGCAUACACCCACGACGAGAUCAUGGACUCCAUGUUGUGUGCCGGAUGGGAGGAAGGAGGAAAGGGUCCUUGUCAGGGUGACUCUGGGGGUCCUCUGGAGUGCGGGACAUCCCUCGCAGGUGUGGUGUCCUGGGCCUAUGGCUGUGCUCGCCCCGGUGUCCCUCAAGUCUUCACCGAGGUGUCCUACUUCCUCGAUUGGAUCCAUUCUCAUCUCCCCAUUGACGAGUGAGGAUAUCCAACAUUGAAGUCCUCAGCAAGUACUUCUAUUUCCUCAGUUGGGCCCACCCCCAUCUUCUCAGCCACCACUGAGGAUAUCCAUUUAUACCUUAAAUAGCAGAGGAAUGACUUUCACUCUAAUUAUUUGUUCUACAACUAAAACAAAAAUAAAGCUGU